AUGGUCAACAUCAAGAAUAUCGCCCUGGCAGUGACCCUCUUUUUAGGAUGCGGUCUCGCCUCUCCUGCUCCUACUGCGCCCCUCGCCGAACCUGGCGCCAUCAUCCCAGGCAGUUACAUCAUCACUCUCAAACCUGAGAUUGACGCUGUCAAGGCCAAGAUCCAUCUCAAGUGGGUCAAGGAUGUGCAUAAGCGAAGCUUGACAAAGCGCGAGGAGCUUGGUGUUGAGAAGACUUAUGACAGCAAGUCUGGCUUCCAAGGGUACGCGGGAACGUUUGACAGUGUUACUAUCAAGGAAAUCAAGAAAAGUCCCGAGGUUCUUGCUGUCGAACCCAACCGCGUCUGGAAGAUCUCUCGCGUCAAGAGAGAUAACAAUCUCGAGAAGCGAGCCGAAGUCACCCAGAAGAAGUCAACAUGGGGCCUUGGUACGAUCUCUCACAGAAAAAAGGGCUUCAAGGAGUACAUCUACGAAAGCGACGCUGGCACAGACAUGUACGCCUAUGUCAUCGACACCGGCGUCAGGACCACCCACAAUGAAUUCGGUGGCCGGGCUAAAGCCGCCUGGACAAACUGGAAGGGCAACAACGCCGACACUGAUGGUCACGGUACUCACGUCGCUGGAGUUAUCGCCGGAAAGACAUACGGCGUUGCCAAAAAGGCGAACAUCCUGGCCCUUAAAGUCUUCAAGGGUGAAGAAAGUGAUACUUCCAUUGUUCUUGAUGCUUUCAACUGGGCGGUCAACGACAUCAUCAAGAGAGAUCGUACAUGGAGAGCUGUAAUUAACAUGUCCCUUGGCGGCGAAAAGUCCACCGCCUUCAACAAAGCCGUCGACAACGCAUCCAAAAAGGGCGUGGUCACAGUCACAGCGUCCGGAAACGACGCCAGAGACGCAAGCAAAGAAUCGCCCGGCUCAGCAGCCACCGCCAUCACAGUCGGCGCCAUCGACAAGAACUGGAAGGUAGCUGACUUUUCCAAUUAUGGCAAGGUAGUCAAGAUCAUGGCUCCGGGAGUCGGCAUUUUGUCAAGUGGUCAUAAGUCCAAUACGCACACUUUCUCUGAAGAUGGAACUUCGAUGGCUGCGCCUUAUGUUGCGGGAUUGGUGCUUUAUGCUAUGAGCGUGGAUGCGGUUGAGGGUGUCAGUGCUGUUACGGGGUGGUUAAAGGAGGUUGGCACUGCAAAGAAGAUUUCCGGUAAUUUGAAGGGUGCGGCGAAUUUGAUUGCGAACAAUGACAACUGGCAGCAGUAG